GCGCGGGCAGCGGUGCCCCGAGGCUGCCGCGUUGUGGGGAGGCGGCGCCCCCUGACCUUCCGCGUCCCCGGGCCCCCCGGGAGGCGGUGAGGGCGGCGACGGCGGCGCGGACGGGCGAAGCUGAGCUGGCUGCUCCAGGAUGCACCACAGCUCUGAGAAGGGGAAGCAGAAGUCCUGUUGGCUCUGCUAUGGCGUGUGAACCGCAGAUGGACCCCGGCGGUGCGGCCGGCCCCUUGCCCACCUCCUCCCCUGGGUGGAGCGCCCUGCCUGGCGGGAGCCCUCCUGGCUGGGGGCAAGAGCUCCACAAUGGCCAGGUCCUCACAGUUCUCCGGAUUGACAAUACCUGUGCACCCGUCUCCUUCGAUCUGGGAGCCGCCGAGGAACAACUGCAGACGUGGGGCAUUCAGGUCCCGGCUGAGCAGUACAGGAGCCUGGCUGAGAGUGCCCUCUUGGAGCCCCAAGUGAGAAGAUACAUCAUCUACAACUCGAGGCCUAUGCGGCUGGCCUUCGCUGUGGUGUUCUACGUGGUGGUAUGGGCCAACAUCUACUCCACCAGCCAGAUGUUCGCCCUGGGGAACCACUGGUUGGGUGUACUCCUCGUGACCCUGGCUGCCAUGAGCCUGACCCUGACUCUUGUGCUCAUUUUCGAGAGACACCAGAGGAAGGCCAAUGCCAACACGGAUCUGAGGCUGGCGGCUGCCAACGGAGCCCUCCUGAGACACCGGGUGCUGUUGGGGGUGACAGACACGGUAGAAGGCUGCCAGAGUGUGAUUCAGCUCUGGUUUGUCUACUUCGACCUGGAGACCUGUGUGCAGUUUUUGUCCGACCAUGUUCGAGAAAUGAAGACGAGCCAAGAGUCCUUGCUGAGAAGCAGAUUGAGCCAGCUGUGUGUUGUCAUGGAGACUGGGGUGAGCCCCACGGUGGCCGAGGGGCCGGAGAACCUGCUGGAGGAGGCUCCUCUCCUGCCCAGCAGUCCUGGUCCCACAGAGAGGCCACUCAUGCAGACUGAGCUUCGCCAGCUUAUUCCUGAGGCUGAGCCGGAGGAAAUGGCCCAGCAGCUGCUGGCAGUGUUUGGUGGCUACUACAUCCGGCUCCUGGUGACCUCUCAGCUCCCCCAGGCAUUGGGCACACGACACACAGACUCUCCAAGGAUUCCAUGCCCCUGCCAGCUCAUAGAAGCCCACAUCCUGGGCACAGGGUGCUGCCCAUUCCUGGCCAGGUGACCUAGGGACGAAGGUACACAUCUUCUUCCAAGGCUGAAGGACCCUGCACAAGAAUGGCUUGUCAGCAUCCCACACUGACCCCUGGCCUUUGCGGAAGCCGACGGUCCCACUCUGAGGUACUUUCUGUGCUGCUUAGAACUGUGGGCAUGGAUGAAAGGGCCACCUGCACAUGCCUUUCAUCGUCUGGAGAGCCCAGGAAAUGUGAAGAUGACCAGACCGGACCGAAUGUGUGUCCAAAGCUUGGUCUCAGGUGAUGAUGCUCCUGUCCCCACGCGCUCCUUGUCAGAUGGAGACUCAGGGAGGACACUGCUCUUUGUGGCAUUGCCUUGGGCCCCUUAGAUUAUAAGAAGCCUCUUCCCAAUCUGAAGUGAAGAAGUAAAUUCUCAGAAUGUUCUCCAUUUUUAAGUUGUUUUUUCCCUACAUUUUCUGAAAAACGAUGGCACUUGGGCUUGUACGCUAGCACACAGGCCUUCAGGAGUAGGAAACAAACGACCUGUAACUGCUAAUGGGAAUAUUUGGAAGAGACUGAUCCUGUCUGAUUGGAGGACAUAUUUUGUUCAAAGGCAUGCUUGCUUGUGGGUAUGGUUUCAUACUGCAGAUGGAGAAUGGCCGUUGGUUCCUUAACACUAACUCUGUCCUGGAGUGAAGCGUAAUCUGUCACUUGUGGAAUUCCAUGAAGAGCUCAGAGGCUGCCAGGUGCUCUCUGCUUCUGAACAAGUUUGAAGACCCGUUGUUCCCUAGGCCCAAAUCCAAAAGCCCUAGCCUGGCACUUAAAGGCUCCCCAGCACCUAAGACCUGGCCUUCAUCUGCAAUUUUGGCUUCAUCGCCCAUAAAAAUCCUUCAUAGGUUGAAACACUUUUCCUGGACUGACAUACCUGUUCCUUUGUAUCUGCUGGACCCCUAUGCAUGCUUUUGUAAAAAAAAAUUUUUUUUUAAAUUGAGGUAUGGUUGAUGUAAGAUAUAUACAAGGUUCAGGUGUACAACAUAGUGAUUCACCAUUUUUAAAUGUUAUACUCCACUUAUAGUUAUUAUAAAAUGUUGACUGUAUUCCCUGUGUUGUACAAUAUAUCUUUGUAGCUUAUUUAUUUUAUACAUGGUAGUUUGUACCUCUUAUCCCCUCCCCCUAUCUUGCCCCUCCCCAUCCUAUGCAUGCUUUAAAGCUCAGCUUUCCUCACCCCUCCUUCAGGAAGCCUUUCAACAUAGCCAGACCUGCCACUCUCUGCUUCCUUUAUUUUUCUAUUUUUAUUUUUAAAAAAUUACCUCUUAAUCCAUUAAUCCUAAUCAUCUCACUUUUUUUUUUUCCCCACACCACGUGGCUUCUGGGAUCAUAGUUCCCCGACCUUGGAUUGAACCCAGGCCACCGUAGUGAAAACACCUAGUCCUAACCACUGGACCGCCAGGGAAUUCCUGACUGCGGCCUUUAAAUUCUUGAUGUAGUUGCUGCCUUUACUGAUGUCUUAUGUUAUUGAUUCUGUUUUCCUGUGCAUAUACCUAUUCUUCUAGCUAGACUAUAAGCUCCUCAAGGACAAAGACUGCACCUUGUACUUUUUGUGCAUGACCUGGACUUGCUAAGGAAAAAAAUCCUGUGGACUGAGUGCUUUGUCAUCUCUAUAGUAGCUUUUGCAAAUUGCUCUCUGUACUCAGUUGAAUGAUGAAGUUGUCACAGACUGGGGUUCUGGUCCUGAACUGCCACUUUUAGCUAUGUAACUUUAGGCUGGUCCUCAGUCUACACAUCUGUAUAGUGGGUAGAUUGGAUGAUUCUUAAUGGCCCUUUCAAAGCCAAAGAUCUGGGAAUUUCCAUCUUUUUCUGUUCCAUUUUAACCCUUGGUCUUUCUCUCUGUUAUGCCUUUAUCUACACGCAGAAAGGUUCUAUAGACCCACACAGGUGAGGUGUCCCAGACCUGAUACCCCUUUGGAUGGAACACUGGCCUAGCCAGCAGGAGAGCUAUAUUCUCAUUUCAGAUCUGCUACUUCUUAGCAGUAUGACCUUGGUUAGGUUAACCUCACUGAAUGUCAGUUCACUCUAUAAAUGAAUCUGGUGAACAUGAAAUGUAAUUAUGUGGGUGACUUACCAUGUAAGAGAUGAAUCUGACUGUUCACUUUCUCUGGGCCAGAGAAGAGAAAUCAUGUACAUAAACCAGCCCUUGGAAAUGGCUCUUUUAGGCAUUUCUCUUUAGCCAACAAAUGCUGUGGCCCGCUUUGCUCAAUGAGAAUUAUUCAUGAAGGCGAUCAUUGUUUUUCUCACCUGCCACAGCGGAAGUGUGGGCUGUGAAUGUGAUCAAUAGUAGCCCAUAUUUAUCAUCCAACCAUAAAACCCUGGUAAGUAUAAUAACAGAGAAUAAAAAUGUGUGUGUUUUAACAAAACAGCAGUUUUUCCAUUUUACAGCUUCCUUAAAGGACCCUUGAUGUGUUGUUUCCUGCCUUUUCCUCUCUUUAGAGUUUCUGGUGGUCUCACCCAGUGGGUAGGGCAUUGAGGUGUGCCCAUGAGGUACAUUUCUUCGCAUUUGAGCCUCAGUUUCUUUCCUCUUUUAGAAAAUUCUGUGAUCCUGUCUUGCCUGCUUCACAGGGUUGCUGUGAAGAUGAGAUUCCACAAAGGAACAUGUGCGCCGUUUCAAAGCUCUGUGUUGAUGACAGGCAUGGAGCUGGUGAAGAUGGUGCCAUGUCGUGAAGUGGGAGCGGAGGGCUUGGAUUCUAGAGUCACAUGUAUUCAAAUCUAAGGUCUGCCACCUAGGAGCCGCGUCCUUCCCAUCCUUGGGUCUCAGUCCUCAAGUGUGGAAUGGAGAUAAGUGUGCCUACCUGGCAGGUGGUUGUGAAGAUUAAAUGAUAUAAAAAAUGUAAAGUGCUUACAACUGUGCGUUGCAAACUUGAGUAAGUGCUCAAGAAAUUGUUGCUAUUAUUAUUAUUUUUUAACUGUCACUGUGUCGUAAAUGCUGUAGGUGCCCGACUUAUGCUUUUGUGGAUGAUGUAGUUCAUUAACAGUUAAUGUUUAUUCAUUCUGCAUCAGACCUCAGUUACUCCAGCAUCAUGGGGUGUAUUUAUGUGAAUAACGAUUCUAGUCUUUAUUCUUUAAUCUAGGAAAGAUUCUGCUUCCCUAGCAGGGAAGUUACGCACAAGCUGGUUGGUGACUUUGGGCCAGAUGCUCACCCUCUCUGUUCCUCCUCAUCUAUUAAGGGGGCAUGUGAUAAUAGGGUGAUGAAUUGAGGUGAUGCAUGCAAAGCACAAGGCCUGGUUCAUAGUGUGGUCCAUAGUAAGGGCUCCAUCAUCUGAUGAUGACUUUUCUUCAGCUGCUGCAUACUGUUUUC